AUGCCGCCACUGUUUUUCCAUCCUAGUCCAGCCCUGCUCUCCAGCGUGGUCCCACCCCGGUCACGGUGUGCCCCACCGGUGCCCGACGCCACGUCCAGAGGCGGGGUUGACUGGGCAUUGGGGUGCCUGCUGUACAAGCUGUGCUACUUCACGCUGCCCUUCGGAGAGAGCUCGGUGGCCAUCUGCGACGGCAGCUUCACCAUCCCAGACAAUUCGCGCUAUUCACACGACAUGCACUGCCUCAUCCGAUAUAUGCUGGAGCCUGACCCUGAAACGAGACCUGAUAUAUACCAAGUGUCCCACUUCGCCUUCAAGCUGGCACGACGGGAGUGUCCCGUGCGGAACGUGAAUAAUGCCCCAUUACCUGCGAAACUCCCAGAGCCAAUCAAAGCCAGCGAAGCCGUCGCAAAGAAAAGUCAGACCAAAGCCAGGCUCACAGACCCCACACCCACCACAGAAACCUCCAUUGCUCCACGGCAACGCCCCAAAGCUGGGCAGGCUGCCCAGCCAAUCACGGGCAUCCUCCCCAUCCAGCCUGCCCUCACGCCCCGCAAACGAGCCAAUGCGGCGCCUGGAGCACCCCAACCCAUCAGUGUGAAUAUGAAUGCAGGCCCUCCCACUCCCGUCGCCCAACCACACAAGCCGCAGCCUCAGCAGGUGCCCGUAGCAGCUCAGCAGUCAGCCAAUGCCGUUCCAGUACCGGUGCAGACCACGCCCUCGCCAUCACAGGCCACCGCCCAGCUGUUUGCCAAACAGAACCCGGCAGCCGCCUUCUUCUCACCACACCAACAGCAGCGUCAGCAGGUGCCGACUCCGUAUGUGCAGCCUCAGCAUCAGCACCAGCACCAGCAGCAGCAUCCUCCACAGCAACGGUUUCCACAGCAACUGCACUACAACCCGUAUCUGCAGCAACAACAACAACAACAACAGCAGCUGCAUGUUCAACAUCAUGUACAGCAUCCGCAGCAUCAGGACCAGUAUCUGCAGCAUCAGCAGCAUGUUCAACAUAGGCAGCAAAGGCAGCAGCAGCAACAACAAUAUCAGCAACAUGUACACCAUGCACAGCAUCGCCAGCAGCAUCAGCAUCCUCCACAGCAUCAGCAGCAAAUGCAGAGUCAGCAUGUUCAACAGCAUCACGCACAGCAGCAGCAGCAGCACGCGCAGCAGCAUCAGCACCAACUGCGUGCACAGCAUCAUCAGCAUGUGCAACAGCAGCAGCAGCACGUUCAGCAUCCCAUACAACAGCAGCAGCAGCAGCCGGAGUAUCCAUCGCCUGCGGCCGUGCCUGCAUCUACAGCCGUGCCUUCAUCUACUCCUGCUCCUGCGCCUGCUCCUGCACCUGCUCCUGCGCCUGUGUCUACGCAGUACAGAGCGAGGCCCAUUGCCCCAGUGGCUCCGUUGCAGCAGCAUCCUCAUCCUCAUCCUCAUCCUCACCUUCAACUCCCCUACCCAUCAGCCAACUCAACAGCCAGCCGCUCUCUCACCCCGACGCCAUCACCAUCACCAUCACCCUCCCCCUCCCCACCCCCCGAGCAGCUAGAAGACCUUGACACGAUGGGACGUGGGCUCCACAAGGUAGGCUCUCUGACGCCCCCCUCCUCUCCCAAGACGGCGCCCAAGUCGGGCCACCGGCGCAUCCUGAGUGACGUGACCCACAGCGCCGUGUUCGGCGUGCCCGUCAGCAAGUCCACCCAGCUGCUCCAGGCCGCCGCCGCAGAGGCCGGCCUCAACAAGUCCAAGUCUGCCAGCACCACACCCUCGGGCUCCCCGCGCUCCUCCCAGCAGAGCGUGUACCAGGUAUCGGACGGCAGCACCCCCGCUGCCCCCCCUCCCACGGCCGUUGGAGCGCAGCCCGGCUGGAACCCCUUCGGAGAUGACAACUUCUCCAAGCUCACAGCAGAGGAGCUGCUCAACAAGGACUUUGCCAAGCUCGCUGAUGGCAAGCCUGUGGAGAGGCCGAACUCCUCUGAAAGCCUCCUGGCGGGCCUGCAGUCUGUUCCCAAUACCCAGGCACCCACCAAGGGAUUCCCACCAACCACAGAUGUGCUGGGUGGGGAGGAGGCUUUGCUGGGCCGCUCUGGGCUGCUGUCUCACCCCUCCAACCCUGGCGCAGGCGGGGGGGCCGUGGCCGUGGCUGACCUGCUCUCCUCUCCUGCCCCCCUCUCUGCCAACCUGGCUGCUGUGGCAGCUGCUGCGGCGGGCCUGGAUGAGUUUGCCCCAGCGCCUCCCAUGGCCACAGCUCAACAGCCAGCUGCGGACUCUGCUUACCUCAUCUCUGGCUUUGACUCGGUCGAGGGCGGGGUGAAGGGUGCGGAUGACCAGUUUGACCCCAUCCCUGUUCUCAUCUCCAAAAACUCCAACCAAGAUAUGGAGGGAGAAAGCAACGGCUACAGUGUGCUCGGGGACGGUGGCGACCCCUCUGGAGUGGAGGUGAACGACGACGCUGACCAGGAGCAAUGCAUUCACUCCAGUGAGGAGGAGGAAGAGGAGGAAGAGGGUGCCGCAAGGGAGGAAGAGGAGGACGACGGAGGAGAAGGAGAGAGGGAUGAUGAUGACGACAACAACAACGAUGAUGAUGAUGAUGAUGAUGAAGCGAGGGAAUGGGCGCGGCGGGAGACGAUGUGUGCCGCAGAGGUGGGCGGUCUCGACCUGAGCGGCUCCCAGCCGCUGCUGCAGGACUCUGAUGAGGAGCAGGACCAUCGCAACCACCACCACUACCAGCAGCACCACCACCAGCAGCACCACCACCAGCAGCAGCCCCCUGCUGUAGCCUCGUCUGCACCCAGCAUCUACGGCCAGCAUGACCUCGCCCAAACCGCCGUGGAUGUGGAUGUCCACAACCACACAGCCGCUCAGCCGGAAGACACCGAGCCAGACCCCUUUUCCAGCGCUCCGUUUCGAGUGGGACAGGAGGACGGCAGGGAGAGGGAAAGGGGUGUGGAGGUAGCCAAGGAGGUGACUGAGGCUAUCGAGGAGGAUGAAGCCGACGUCUUCGCCAAGGCUCCCUUCCCGCGAGCCCAGCCCCAGCCCCCGGCCGACGUCUUCCUCCAGGCUCCGUUCGGCCGGAGGAAGGAGCCUCUGGCAGGAACGACGCCCGUCCACCACCACCACCACUACCAGUCGAGGACACCACCCAGCAGCCACAGCCCCCACCACCUGGCGGCCACCAUGGGGGGUGGCGCCCCGACACCACCCGGGGCGGGCCACGAGGCGGCCAUUUUCAGCCAGGUGGCCCAGCAGCCGUUCCGGCCGCAGGCUCUGGCCAAGUACUCCAGGCACUACGAGGCCUCCUCCUCCGCCUCAGUGUCCCGGUCCAGUAGCGCCUCCUCGUCUCCCAUGGUCACCAGGGUGCCGCCCAACUCCUGGGCGGCAGAGGGGAGUGUGGGUGGGGGUGGAGUUGCUGCCGCCGACCCCUUCAUUUCUGCACCCUUCCACCUGAAAGAACGCCAGGAGAAGCAUUGAUUGAUUGAUUGAUUGAUUGAUUGAUUGAUUGAUUGACUGAUUGACUGAUUGACUGAUUGAUUGUUCGGUCAUACUCAUUGCCUCGUUGGUUAGUGACCUUCUACCCUGGGUGGUCUACUACGCCGAAAAGACACUAGCCACGUCCAUUUAAUGCUCUACGCUAUACACUGACUUCUCUUUUAUCUUACACUGGCUACUUUCAUUUGUCUUCCAACGAAAAGAAAAAAAACAACUUUUAAGCAUGUGUUUGAAUUGUACAUCACAGACACACAGCUCAGAGGAUCUCACAAAGCCUUCAAGUACAGUAUCUGCAGGCUGCAGAGUGGGCCUGACCAGACACCAUGUAAUAAUGCCAUGCAUCCACUCCACAGGGGGGAAAAAAACCCAAACAAGCCCUGUAGCUCCCUCUAGUGUUAAUGUACAGGUGUAGCAGCCUCUCAUCCUGCCUUUUGAGAGGCAUUAGUGUGCUGUGGGAUGUAACAGAUACAGUACUGCCUCUCUAGGUGCUUGUCAUGUGGAACUGGCGGCAGUGCUUUGCUAUCAGCUAGCUUUCAUGCAGGCAGGCACGCUAAGCCACCCUGACACUCCAAUUAAGUUAAGGGUAAAAUGUCACUGUCAUGAAGUUUCACACUUUUCUCCUUACUGGUACUGUGUCUUCUUCUUACUGUGUCAGGCUGUUCUUCCAUCCCUGAGCUUUCAUUCUUUCUGCCUACCUCAGCUCCCAAGAUGCUCUGCUACUCAGGCAGAAAUCAGUAGACAGACAGACACGCUUCCCUGUAGUACUGCUUAGCUGGCAAUCUAGGGGUACAUUCCAAUAUGCACACUGCCGUCCUUCCUUGCUCACGUGCCUCCUUGUGGCCUCGCGAUGACAUCACCGACAACAGAAAUGUAUUUCAAUAUCUCGCAAAAGCGCAAUUCUAAUGUCAUUAUCCCAUUAGCAAACGGGACGGUGAAUGAAGAAUAGUACCCCAAAAAUUGUUGUGGUUAGGCUGACAGCGGGGAAACGUAAUUGUUUUGUCCAUGGAGGCGGGCCGUUAGCGAGAUGCGAGGCCACAAGCACAGAUCGAGGACGACGUGCGCAUAUUGGAAUCCACCCUAGGUGUUGCAGUGGUAAUCCACCAAGGACUACUUCCUUGUUCCUAUUUGAGUGUAUGUGUGUGCCUUACAGUGAAGAGAGAGGUGUGGCUGCCUAGGCUGAUUUGGUGAAUCGUUUAAGAACAAAACACUAUUGGGGAAUCUGGCACCCUCCUCUGGUUAUUUAGAAAACAAAUCAUGCCAGGCUAGAACAGGGGUGGGGUGGGGAACCGAUCUCUCCCUUGAGGCUGCUUCAUCCGUCCACCCGAUAUAAUUUCAAUGGUAUACAGCUUGUAAAAACAAAGAAGAAUGUCCGCACACUGCUCCCGUGUUGCUUUUUUUUUUUCUCAAGUGAGCGCUUUCGUAUGCAGCUUCACAUGAAAUAUUAUAUAUUUUGAAAAGGAAUCUUAGAAAUUAUAUUUGCAAUACAAUUAAGUUAUAAUCAGGGGACCUAGAGAAGGUUGAGGCUGUUUUUAAAGGUGUCUGUCCUCAGUAUAAGUCUAAAGUGUUCAUUGUAUGACCCUUUGAGGGCUUUCUAAAAUUUGAAGUGGCCCCUAGAAUAAAAAAGGUUUCCCACCCCUGUGCUGGAGGGUGCAAGUCAAUGCUUGUCCUUCUGUCCUUUCCUGUGGCCUCCUGCCUCGGCGUCGUCCUUCCCUCCCUGCUGUUAACCAGUGCAGAGACACUCUUACCAGAGAGAGUAGAGAGAGAGAGGUUCCAUUGGCCCAUCGUUUCCAGGUUCUAUUAUUGCAAGGGAGAGGGCGGGGGGGAAUCCCCCUUUAGGCAGACCUAAGGACUGUUCUAUUCAAUGCUAGUAUUAUUAUGACACGCCCCUUUAGGCAGACCAGAACCUGGUCACGUUAGGUGCCCAUAGAAGCCUAUUAUGUUGGCAUAUCUCUAUAUACUUAAAGAAUCUCUGCUCUUACCGUAUGGGGGCUCGCUGCCAUCCUACAUCCCCAUUGCAAAACAGAGAAUUAACUCUUGAGUCAUGUUUUUGCAAGAUAUUGCAUAAAAACAUUGGUCAUCG